AGGAGCUUGACUUAUUGCCGCUCAUUCUUCCGUAUAAAACUGGCCUCCCACUAGCUUCCUAGCCAUGCUACACAGUCUCCUAUCUUCAGACAUCCAGCAUCUGAUAGACAUGUGAGUUAGCUAUACACAAUGUCUGCAAUCAACUCAGUCAUGCCUGCGAACCUCCCCACCGAGCUCAUCCUCUGCAUCCUCGAUCAUGUCGAUAUCGAGACAUACGUCGCUGCCCGCUCAGCAUGCUGCUCAUGGCGGAAAGCAGCGACAAUGUCAUCUACAAUUCGGAACGCACUCACCGAACUCCCCGUGCCAAUCCCCCCACGUGCCGAUUCUCUCACAAACGAGGAAUGGAAUGCAUACUUCUGCCAAAUCGCCUGUCUGAACUUACUAGGCCACCGGACCCACAUCGACAAAACCUCCACUAGACGUGCCCUACCUGAAGACUGCACCCCUACCACAGUACUAGCAACAUCUCCAGACGGUCAAAAAAUGGCCACUCUGAAAGGCGCACGCGCCACCAUCUUCACCCGUCCAAACAAACAUUCUCCCUGGGAAUACUCCCAAGCCUCAACACUCUACCCCCUCUGGACCUCAGUAUACCGAGCCCUAAUGGACGGAGGCGGCGCAGGAAAUUGCAUGGCUCUCAACCCACGCUACGCAAAACACUGCAUCGCCAUCUCCUCCCAAGGCGACCUCCUCGCCGUCGGCCUAGGCAAGACCCUCCAAAUCUACAGCCUCUCCGGGAACGAAGACAACGGCAUUUCCUCCCCAGCAGAAUACACCCUGGACCAGCACGACGUCAUCUACGCAGCCUCCCCUAGCACAGGCUACGAAGAAACCGACGGAGUCAUCGACUCCCUCGAUUUCACCGACGACGCCACUCUCCUCCGCAUCGCAAUCCACCAAGACACAACAGCCUUCCAACCGAAACGCGUCCGCUACAUGGGAAAUCCCUCCGCCCUCCAACACCAUCAUCAAUCUCAAGCUCAAACUCCCCUCCAAUACUGGCGCGAAAACAUCCACCACAUCCACAUCGACUCCGCCUCCAUGGCCGUGACUCUAGGCGCAGGCGAAGAAAAGGUCGUCUUCCGAGGCUUGCGCCUUCUCCCAUCUUCUUACAAUCCGACCACAACAGUACCCCAGACCCCUCUAUCACAAUCAACAUCAACGCUUUACUUCACCGCAUCCCUCCAAUCAGGCCCCACAUCCGCCUACUGCAUUGGCCACAUCACCAUCUCCUCCUCCCCUCCCACCUCUCAACAAGUAACCAUCACCCGGCUCCUCCCUUCCCGCCAACAUCACCACCACACCACGACCUCAGAUCCAGCUACCGAGUCAAACACAACACCUCCAUCCACUCCAAACUCUACAGCAGGAUUCCCCCGCUGGAACCCCCUCAACCUCCCCACCGCAUCCUCGAAAUCCCCUCUCCUCUCCGUCUCCCCAGACAAUAAGCUCCUAGCUAUCUACGAACCGGACCCUUCCCCCAAGGAAGUAGGUAGGGGUGGGGUAUACAUAUACUGCAUUGAGGAGUGUGGGUCCGUGUAUACCAGCCACACUAAGACCAAUGCUUCUUCUUCUGCUAUGAACACAGACCACCGGCAAGAGAAACAGCAUUCUUCUAUUUAUCUUCCAUCGGAGGAGGGGAAUAAUAUCCCGUCUUGGUCAUUCUUGUUGGAUACUGUACCUGUGGAUGUGGAUGAGUUGAGAGUUGGUAAGGUCGUUGGUAAUGGUGGUGAUGGUGGGUAUUAUGAGGUGAUGGCGUUAGCGGGGAGGGAUGUUUUGGAGUGGAGGAUUCAUUGAUUACUUCUGUAUAUCUAUCUAUCUAUCUAUCUAUCUACUGGUUGAUUAUGUGUGGAGGGGAGAGUUUACUAUCUUAAGAGGGUUAGAACUAGUGGGAUUAUGUAUUAUGCAUGUAUGCAUGCAUCUAUGUAUCUAAGAACAGGUUGUUUUGUAAUCUGAAGGAUGAAAAUGGA